AUGUCGUUCAAAGUAAAUUGGAAUUCAUUAGAAACUGAACCGUUAACAAAUUGGACUAAAGAAUUGUUGACAUCAGCAUUAAAUUCUGGUAAAUCACCAAAUAUACUAGCAUUAAAUAUCACUAUUAAGGAUUUGAAUUUUGGUAAAAUUGCGCCUGAUUUUGAAAUAUUAGAAAUUGGUGAAUUAGAUCGUGAUAGAUUUAGAGGAAUAUUCAAAAUUGAUUAUCAAGGUGACUUCCAUUUAACAUUACAUACCAAGGUUCAAGCAAAUCCGUUAAACAUUUAUUAUCAUAAUAGUUUAGAAAAAGAGGUUUGUAAUUAUUCCCAAGAUGAAUUCAUUACACCUAAUUUCUUAUUGAGUAAUGAACAAUUUGCUAUCCCCUUGGAUUUGAAAUUAAGUGAUAUUAAAAUUAAUGGUAUUGGUAUAAUUGUAUUUUCCAAAUCAAAGGGGUUAACAUUAGUGUUUAGAAAUGAUCCAUUAGAUUCGAUAAAAGUGAGUUCAACAUUUGACACCGUUCAAGUGUUGGCAAAUUUUUUACAAAAACAAAUUGAAAAUCAAAUUCGUGAUUUAUUUAGAGAAACGUUACCUACUUUGAUUCAUCAAUUAUCAUUAAAAUAUUUAAGUCUCGAUAAUAAUAUUAAUGAGAUUAAAAGCAAAUUAUCACAACAAGAUUCUGUUUCAAUGACUAAUAAUGAACUAGCUUCAAGUUUGAAAUUAUUUGAUGAUGAAGAAAAUGAAUUCCCAUUGAUUUAUUCGAGUAAGAAUUUACAGAAAAAUAUGCAAUUAUUCAAAUCAAGAGAAACUUUUAGAUUAAGUGCCCCCAAAUUCAAGAACAUUGUACAAAGAACUCGUUUAGAUAAAUUCACUAAAAGUUAUCCAAAUUUAUUAAAUUCAUUAUAUGCAAACAAUGCUGAUCUUCAACACAGAUUUGUUAAUAAUAUCAACCAUGGCCACAACAACAACAGCAACACCAGCUCUACUGGUAUUCCUAUUGAGUUAUUAGUAAGUCAUGAUGAUAAACAACAUUACGGUAAAACUGAUAAUUUAUUAAAAGAUAUUUCAUCUAUUCAAGCCAACAAUUUUUACAAAUAUAGUAAUAAAGAUGCACCAAACAAACCAAAAAGAAGAAGAAUCAAAGUACACAAGAAGAGCAAGGUUAAACAAGACGACAACACCGUUAAGGCAUCUGAGUUGCAAAAUGUUGAUAGUACAUUUAUGGAAUCAAGAUCAAUCAGUCCACAAGAAACUAUUGAUACUACAUCAACAUUAAUAGAAAGUGCCCCAAUGACACGUAAUGUAUCAACAAAUAUUAAAUCACCAACUUUAGAAACUAUGUCGACUGGUUCUUCAAGUUCUGCUUCAUCACAAGUCAUUGCUCAUCCUACACCAAAACGUGCCCAUCAGCCAGCUGACUCCACUGUUUCCACUACUACUAUUAACAAAGAAAAUCAUAUUGAUUAUAUUAAAGCUCGGAAUUUAUAUCAAGAUUUUAUACAAAUGAGUCAAUCGCCAGGAUAUUAUGAUAAAGUUAUUAGUAAUGGUAGAGGUAUUGGAUUGGGUAAUAGUGGUGGUAAUUAUUUUGGAUUUAAUGGGAAUGGUAAUGGAUUAGAACGUACUAUGAGUGCAUCACCAAUUAAACAUUUGAAUAAAGAUAAAAAAUCAAUUAAUUAUAUUGAUACUAGUAAAAUCAAUGAAAAAUUGAAUCAAUUUAGAUUAGACGGUGGAAAGAAUAGUGCCAAUACUAAUAAUAGUAGUGGUGGUAAGAAUUUCCGUCCUGGUUUUACAAGAAAUGAAUCAAAUGGUCAACAAGGUAUUUUAUUUGAAGCAUUUAAUUUCCCAUCAGUGGCACCACCACCACCACCAUAUUGUUAA